UGCUGGGCAGUCUGCAAGGUCCAGCACGAUCUUCCAGCUCCGGAAGACUUGUCUCCACUGUUGUCCCUAGCAGUGGUACCUCUCGCCAAGAUGAUGUCGCUACGACAGGCACUGGUGCUGCUGGCACUGAGUGUGCAGAUUGCAUUGUUAUCAGCUUCCCUGGUGCGUAAGAAUGUGGACUUAUUGUCGGACCAAGAAGUGUUGAGCCUGGAGUCCUACCUGAGAGAGCUUGAAGAUGACAAAACGGUGAACGGUUAUCAGAGUCUGGCCGCCUUCCAUGGCGAGCCUUCCAUGUGCACGGACGACGACGGACACCCGGUGGCCUGCUGUGUGCACGGUAUGGCCACCUUCCCCCAGUGGCACCGACUGUACGUCGUGCAGCUGGAGCAGGAACUGCACGACAGGGGCCUGGCUGAUAUCGGUGUGCCCUACUGGGACUGGACAAAGCCCAUCACGGCCUUGCCACGCCUCGUGCAGGAGCCUAUCUUUAAAGACCCUAAAGGAGGUCUCGGCCAGAAAAACUCUUGGUUCUCCGGUGAAAUCAACGUGGACAGCCUGAACCUGCACACGAGCACUGCUCGCGCCGUGGACGAUCGCCUUUUCCAGAGCGUCGCGCCCGGCGAGAAUACUCAGCUGUUCGAGAUGGUUCUCGACGCCCUAGAGGAGGACGACUACUGUCACUUCGAGGUACAGUUCGAGGUGGCCCACAACCACAUCCACUACCUAGUGGGAGGCCGUCACGACCACUCCCUGUCCACGCUGGAGUGGAGCUCCUACGAUCCCCUCUUCUUCCUGCACCACUCCAAUGUUGACCGCAUCUUCGUCAUCUGGCAGGAGCUGCAGAAAAAGCGCGGCAAGGCAUACGACCAUGCUGACUGCAGCGUGGAGCUCUUCCGCAAAAAGCUGGAGCCUUUCGACAGGGACACGAACCCUAUUGAGCUGACCCGCACUUACAGCACGGCCAAGAGUCUCUUCAGCUACCGACAGCUGGGCUACGUGUACGACGAUCUGUCGCUGAACGGCCUGAACAUCGAGCAGCUGUACAACCUGCUGGAACAGCGCCACGCACGAGAGCGAGCUCUGGCCAGCUUCACCCUGCACGGCCUUGGCUUCUCCGCCAAUGUCCGGAUCAAGGUAUGUGACCACGAUGACGACGACGACCAAUCUCACAGCCACUGCGAGUUUGCAGGUGAUAUCUUUAUCCUGGGAGGCGCCAACGAGAUGCCGUGGGAGUUCAACCUGCCCUACCACUUCGACAUCAGCAAGGCCGUGGAGCACCUGGGCAAGAAGCUGAACGGUGACUACGUCGUGACGGCAGAGCUGUACAGUGUCAAUGGCACGUCACUCAACCCCAACCUCCUGCCCAGACCAGUGGGUGUUUACAGACCUGCCAAGGGCUUCACUGACCCCAAGCCGAGCGAAUCGGACGUGCAGAGUGCAAAUGUCGUCAUCCGCAAGGACGUGGACACGCUGACGGACGAGGAGGUGUACGAGCUGCGGCAGGCGCUGUCCCGCUUCCAGAACGACACGUCUGUCAACGGCUACCAGUCUGUGGCCGAGUUCCACGGGUUGCCUGCCCGCUGUCCUCGCCCCGACGCCAGGGUGCGCUACGCUUGCUGCGUCCACGGCAUGGCCACAUUCCCUCACUGGCAUCGACUUUUCGUUGUGCAGGUGGAGGAUGCUCUCAAGAGUAGAGGCUUGCACUUCGGUAUCCCUUACUGGGACUGGACGCGGCCCGGCACCACUGUACCCGCCAUCGCUAGUCAAGAGACUUACGAAGAUCCUAACAGCGGCAGCUCGGUGCACAACCCCUUCUUUAACGCACCUGUGGCUUUCCUUGGAGAGACUACCUCUAGACAGGUCCAGCCUGAAUUGUCGGCAAAGCCAGAAUACGGAGACCACACGGCCCUGUUUGACGGCAUACUGCUGGCCCUUGAGCAAAGAGACUUUUGCGACUUCGAGGUACAGUUUGAGGUAGUACACAAUCUCCCGCAUUUCCUGGUGGGUGGCUUUGCACCUUACUCCUUGUCCACCCUCCACUACAGCGCCUUUGACCCCAUCUUCAUCCUGCACCACUCCAACGUGGACCGUUUGUGGGCCAUCUGGCAGGCGCUGCAGAUCAAGAGAGGUCUUCCCUACAAGGCCCACUGUGCCCACACCAUGACCCACGAACUCCUCAAACCGUUUGGUUUUGCUCCUCCUCUCAACAGCAACGAGAAGACAUACUCGCACGCGCGCCCAACCAAUAUCUACGACUACGAACACGAACUAGAGUACGCGUACGAUAACCUGCAGUUCGGUGGCAUGACCAUCGACCAGCUGGACCACUACAUCGAUGAACGACGUACUAAGGACCGAACCUUUGUGGGUCUUCACCUUCAAAACAUCGGGACGUCAGCCCGAGUGAUCCUUUCUAUCAAACCAAAAGAUGGUGACUCUUAUGAGGUAGCCACGCUUGCAGUCCUUGGUGGAGAGAAGGAGAUGCCCUGGAAUUUCGACCGUCUCGUCAAGGUGGAGAUAACUGACGCUCUGAAAAACAGGGGUUUGAAAUAUGACGACGAAUACGAUGUUGUCCUCUCUAUCAAAGAUGUCAAUGGAAAGGACUGGCCUGAAGACACAUUCAGCCACACAACCAUCAUUCAUGAAGAAGGAACCACUCACGAAGAGGAAGAGCACCAAGAGCUGCACGUGCGCAGUGACGUCAGCAGCCUGACAAGUGAGCAGGUGCAGAACCUGCGCGAGGCCCUACACUCUCUAGAGGAAGACACGUCGAUCAAUGGUUUCGAGCACAUCGCGGCUUUCCACGGCCAGCCCAACUGGUGCCCGUCCCCGGACGCCGAGAAGAAGUUCGCCUGCUGCGCGCACGGCAUGGCGGUCUUCCCCCACUGGCAUCGUCUGCUCACCGUGCAGGCCGAGAACGCGCUCAGAGCUAAAGGCUUCCAGGAUGGUUUACCAUACUGGGACUGGACGCUGCCGAUGACAUCCCUGCCAGAGAUCGUUGUGGGUGAAACGUACGUCAACCCUAAGACGAAUUCACCUGAGCCCAACCCGUUUCACCACGGCAUCGUCGAGGGGAAAACAACGACCCGCAGCGUGCGAGACAAGCUCUUCGAGCAGCCUAAGUUCGGCAGCCUGACCAAGAUCGCCAAGAUGGUGCUUCUGGCCUUCGAGCAGACAGACUUCUGCACGUUCGAGGUGCAGUACGAGAUCGCCCACAACUACAUCCACGCACUGGUGGGCGGCAACGAGUCCUACUCCAUGGCCUCGCUCCGGUACACAGCUUACGAUCCAAUUUUCUUCCUGCACCACUCUAACACUGACCGCAUCUGGGCCAUCUGGCAGGCUCUGCAGCACUACCGGGGACUGCCGUACAACUCUGCAAACUGCGCUAUUGCCUCCCUGCGCAAGCCGUUGCAGCCUUUCGCUCAGACCAGCACCAUCAAUCCCGACCGCAUCACGCGAGAUCACUCUGUACCCUUCGAGGUCUUCGACUACGAGCGCAGCUUCCAGUACCACUACGACGACCUCGAGUUCAACGGCUUCUCCAUCCCGCAGCUGCAACGCGAGAUCCUGCAUCGCCAACACGACGAGCGAGUCUUCGCCGGCUUCAUGCUGCGCGGCAUCGGCAAGUCGGCGCUCGUCACUCUCGAGGUAUGCGAACCCAGCGGCACGUGCCACCCUGCGGGCGAGUUCUACAUCUUGGGCGACGAGUACGAGAUCCCUUGGCAGUACGACCGUCUGUUCAAGUACGAGAUCACAGACGUAUUGGAGGAGUUCAAGCUGGAGGCCAACGACCGUUACAGCGUGCAGUACUCCGUCAUCGACCUGGACGGCAAAAUCAGUAGUGACGUCUUCGGCAAGGUCACUGUUGUCGUUCGACCUGGAUCAGGUGAGACGCCAAAGGGUGAAAUCGACAAGAACAUUGUGGCUUCUUCCCACAUCCGCCGUAACCUGCAGGACCUGAGCGAGGGAGAGGUGGAAAGCUUAAAGAGCGCGCUUAGAAGCUUGGAAGACGAUGGAACCUUCGGGAAGAUCGCCUCGUUCCACGGCUACCCUGGCCUGUGCACGCACGAAGGCCGCAAGGUGGCUUGCUGCGUGCAUGGUUCGGCCACCUUCCCCCACUGGCACCGGCUGUAUGUUGAUCAGGUGGAGAACGCACUCUUGGCCCACGGCUCCGCUGUCUCCGUGCCUUACUGGGACUGGACCCAACCCAUCCGACAGCUACCCGCGCUCAUCAACGAGGCCUCCUACUUCGAUUCGCGCUCGCAGACAGAAGAAUCUAACCCCUUCUUCCAGGUCAAGAUCCUUGACACAGGAAAGGUGACCACCAGAGACCCCCAACCCGAGCUCUUUAACAGCGACUACCUCCUCAACAACGUCCUGUUGGCCUUGGAGCAAACCAGCUUCUGCGACUUCGAGAUCCAGUUCGAGAUCGUGCACAACGCCUUGCACUCUUUGGUGGGUGGCCGAGGCUUGUACUCCCUAAGCUCUCUAGACUACGCGGCCUUUGAUCCCCUUUUCUUCCUGCACCACGCCAACGUGGACCGCAUCUGGGCAAUCUGGCAGGCCCUGCAGCAAUACCGGGGGCUGCCGGACGACAAGUCAGACUGCGCCCUCAACAUCAUGCGAAAGCCGCUCCAUCCCUUUGAUGACAAGGGCCAGAACGAAUUCGACCUCACUAACCGCUACAGCAGACCCAUCGAUGUCUUUGACUACAGCAACCACUUUGACUACCACUACGACACCCUCAACUUCAACUCGUGGACCAUCCCUCAGUUGGAGGAGGUGCUGAAGAGACAGAGAGCGCAGGACAGGCUCUUCGCUGGAUUCCUUCUGCAUAACAUCGGCACUUCGGCCGAUGUCCAGCUCUUCAUUUGCGUAGCCACUGGCAACGGGGAGCGGAACUGCAACCACCCUGCAGGAUCGUUUUCUGUCCUCGGCGGUGAGACAGAGAUGUCUUUCAUCUUUGAUCGUCUUUACAAGUACGACAUCAGUGACCCAGUGCGAAAGCUGGGCCUGAAACUGGACAGCGCUGGCGACAUUGAUCUUGAGAUCAAGAUCAGGGCGUACAACGGCUCCUACCUGGAAUCCAGCGUUCUUCGGAGACCUUCUCUGAUCUUCGUACCUGGCGAAGACAACAGCCAAGACCAGACGGGCAAAACCGAAAGACGGUUGAUCAGAAAGAGUGUGACGUCACUGACCAUCGGCGAGCGGCGGUCCCUGGUGCUGGCCCUCCAGAGCCUGCAGGAAGACAGCUCCGCCACGGGUUUCCAGGCGCUGGCCUCCUUCCACGCAGUGCCACCCCUCUGCCCGUACCCCGAGGCCAACCAGCGUUACGCCUGCUGCGUGCACGGCAUGGCCACCUUCCCGCAGUGGCACCGACUCUACACCGUACAGUUUGAAGACGCACUCCGACGACGAGGGGCCCUCGUUGGCAUCCCCUACUGGGACACCGUCAACCCGCAAAAUUCUCUACCCGCGUUUUUCAACGACGCUAUCUACCAUGACCCAGUGCUCGACGUUGACAUCCCCAACCCAUGGGCUGGUGCUGCCAUCGCGUUCGAGAACACUAAGGUGGAGCGUGAUUUCAAGUUGGACCGUCUGUCUGAUGACGGCGAACACGGCUACGACAACUGGCUGUGGAAGCAAUUCCUCUUUGCCCUCGAGCAGGAGAACUACUGCGACUUUGAGGUACAGUUUGAGAUCGCCCACAACGCCAUCCACGCCUGGGUGGGCGGCAGCAAGGAGCACAGCAUGGCUCACCUGCACUACGCCUCGUACGACCCCAUCUUCCUUCUGCACCACUCCAGCACUGACCGCAUCUACGCCCUCUGGCAGGAGCUACAGCGCCUGAGAGGUCAUGACCCCAACGAAGCCAACUGCGCUCUGGAACUCAUGCGGGAGCCGCUCAAACCUUUCAGUUUCGGUGCACCGUACAACCUUGACCCCAUCACAAAAGAGUACUCUAAGCCAGAGGACGUCUUCGACUACAAGAGCCACUUCAACUACGAGUACGACACCCUGGAGCUUGCGGGCAUCAACGCGGAACUGCUGCUUAGCCUCAUCAACAAACAAAAGGAAAAGUCACGAGCAUUCGCUGGCUUCCUUCUCGGUGGAAUUAAAACUUCUGCCCACGUGGACAUUUGGGUGUGUACAACUGAGAACGUGUGCACGGAGGCCGGCGACUUUGACGUCCUGGGCGGCACGGCUGAGAUGCCCUGGUCAUUCGACCGUCUCUACCGCUAUGAGAUCACAGAGGUCCUGGAGAAGAAGAGCUUGAGCGUUGACGACGCCUUCACAGUUAAAGUGCAGCUCCGAGCUCUCAACGGCUCUGAGCUUAGCUCCAGCCUCAUCCCCACUCCCUCCGUACUCUACGAGCCUAAGUCACGAGUAACAUCGAUCCAGGAACUGCCCCCGAACCGAGUGCGUCACGAAAUCUCGCACCUGGACGCCCGCGCCACCAUGAGCCUAAAGGCCGCACUCAGUGACCUCCAAAAAGACGCCAAGAGCGGCUGGCAGGCACUGGCAGCUUUCCACGGAGUGCCUGCCCUGUGUCCUUCACCUGAGGCGCCCAAGUACGCCUGCUGUCUGCACGGUGUGCCCACCUUCCCCCACUGGCACCGUCUGUACACCCUGCAGGUGGAGCAGGCGCUCUUGAAGCACGGUAGCACCGUGGCUCUGCCCUACUGGGACUGGACGCUGCCAAUCAGCCAUCUGCCCUCACUCUUCACCGAGCAGACCUUCUACGAUGCCUGGAAGGACGAGGUGUUGGAGAACCCCUUCGCGCGCGGCUACAUCAAGGAGUCUAAGGGUUACACCGUCCGCGACCCGCAACCCGAGCUCUUCAAGCUCUCAGCUGACGGCAAGCACUCCGUCCUCUUUGAUGAGGUGCUGCUGGUGCUGGAGCAAACCGACUACUGUGAUUUCGAAGUGCAGUUUGAGGUAACCCACAAUGCCAUCCACUACCUAGUCGGCGGCCAUCAGUCCUACUCCCUGUCGUCGCUACAUUACUCCUCGUACGACCCCAUCUUCUUCACCCACCACACCUUCGUGGACAAGAUCUGGGCCGUGUGGCAAGAGCUGCAGAAGCGUCGAGGCCUUCCUUACGACCGAGCUGACUGCGCCGUCAACUACAUGAACGAUCCCAUGGAGCCCUUCAACUCCGUGGUCCUCAACGAGAACGCCUUCACGCGCACUCACGCUCUGCCGAAGGAAGUCUUCAACUACCAGGACCUCAACUUCCGCUACGACGACAUGAAGCUGGGAGGCCUAAACCUGGACGAGCUGGAGGAGGAGAUCCGCCAGCAUCAGAGCAAGGCGCGAGUCUUCGCUGGCUUCCUGCUGCACGGCAUAGGCACGUCGGCGGAAGUGAGGUUUUCUGUGUGUCAAGAGAAUGGCAAGUGCACGCGCGCCGGCGCCAUCUUCGUCCUCGGCGGUUCUCUGGAGAUGCCUUGGGCCUUCGAUCGUCUGUACAAGUAUGACAUCACCGACACUUUGAAUGAACUGCAUAUUCGUCCCGAGGAUGUCUUUAACGCCGAUGCGCCCUUCUCCCUCCGCUAUGAGAUCAUCGCUGUUAACGGCACCGCACUGCCACGUUCUUCGCUGUCCAAACCCACCAUCAUCUUCAAACCCGCCGUCGGAGCCCGGACUGAGGAAGCUUCCUAUUCCGUGUCCGGCAUUGGUGUCCGUAAGAACAUCAACACUCUGACUGUGGCCGAGACAGAGAGCCUGAAGAAGGCCCUGAGAGCUGUUCAGCAGCAGAGCGGCCCUAGAGGUUACCAGGAGAUCGCCGCUGCUCACGGCUACCCUGGCUUGUGCAAGGACAACGGUCACAAGGUGGCCUGCUGUCACCACGGAUCAGCCAGCUUCCCGCAGUGGCAUCGUCUCUUUGUCGUCACCCUGGAGCGCGCGCUGACCCUGCAGGGCGCACGCGUGGGCAUCCCGUACUGGGACUGGACGGAGUCCUUCACUUCACUACCGACCCUCCUUACCGACAAGGACGACAACCCCUUCGAACAUGGCGAGAUCGCUUCUCUAAAUGAAAAGACAACUCGCUCACCUCGGCCUCAGCUCUUCAGUGACCCCGAGCGCGGCGAGGAGUCCUUCUUCUACCGCCAGAUCCUCCUGGCCUUCGAGCAGCGCGACUACUGCGACUUCGAGGUGCAGUACGAGGUCACCCACAACGCCAUCCACUCCUGGAUCGGAGGCACCAGUCCUUACGGCAUGUCCACCCUCGAGUACUCGGCCUACGACCCCAUCUUCUUUAUCCAUCACUCCAACGUCGACCGGCAGUUUGCCAUCUGGCAGGCCCUGCAGCGCUACCGUGGCCUGGACUACAACAGCGCCAACUGCAACAUCCAGGAGCUGCGUCAGCCACUGGAGCCCUUCAACUGGGACAGCAAUCCCAACGACUUCAUCCGCGAGAACGCGCGCGCUGUCGAUGCUUUCGACUACGAUCAGUUCAACUACCAGUACGAUGACCUCAACUUCCACGGACUGACUAUCCCUCAACUGGAGGAGGCCAUCGAGAAGAGAAGAAGCGAGGACCGUGUAUUCGCCAACUUCAUGCUUCAGGGUUUCAAAGCCAGCGCUGAUGUGACCUUUGACCUGUGUGACGCCGACAACCACUGCAGCUUCGCCGGCACCUUCGCCGUGUUGGGCGGGCCUCUUGAGAUGGACUGGCACUUCGAUCGCCUCUUCCAGUAUGACGUCACUUCCGUCUUCAACCAGAUGCACCUGCGUCCGGACUCUGUCUACCACUUCGAUGUGCACAUCACGGCUAUCAACGGCACUCAACUGGCCUCGUCGCUGCUGGAGUCUCCAUCCGUCAGCUUCGUGCCGGGCAAAGGUAAGACUGGCAGCCGUGCUGUGGCCAAAGAAGACCCGCAACCCACGAAGACCAAAGAUGUCGUGCGAUAUGAGGUGUCCGCCCUUAGCCUGGAGCAGGUGAGCAACCUAAGGAACGCGCUGUACAAGCUGCAGAACGACGACGGUCCCAACGGCUACGAGGCCAUCGCCAGCUUCCACGGCGCACCCAAGCUGUGUCCGGAGAACGCCACCGACCGCUACGCCUGCUGCACGCACGGCAUGCCCGUCUUCCCGCACUGGCACCGCCUCCUGACCGUGCAGUUCGAGAUGGCGCUGAGGGACAAGGGCGCUCUGAUCGGCAUUCCUUACUGGGACUGGACCCGCCCGUCCAAGGCUCUGCCUUCGCUCCUCACCAGCACCGACAACAACCCCUUCUCCACAUACCAGAUCAAGUUCGCACAGCACCAGGUGACAAGGGACGUGCAACCAGGCUUGUACAACCGCCGAAAGCAAAGUGGUCUCGACUCCUUGUUCUACCAGACUGAGACGCUGGAGGAGACCAACUACUGCGACUUCGAGGUGCAGUUCGAGAUGCUUCACAACACCAUCCACGCUUUGGUCGGCGGACAGGGCACAUACUCCAUGUCGACGCUGGAGUACUCGGCCUUUGACCCCUUCUUCAUGAUCCACCACUCCAGCAUCGACCGCAUCUGGCAGAUCUGGCAGACCCUGCAGAAGCUGCGACACCGCUCCUUCAACUAUGCUCGCUGCGCCCUCAGAAACCUCUACCGCCCUCUGGAGCCCUUCAACUACGAAAGCAAAAACCCCAACCCCGUCACCCGCGCCAACUCCCGACCUGUCCAGAUCUUCGACGCUUCUAAGUUCCACUAUAACUUCGACAACCUCAACCUAAACGGCCACAGCGUGUCCGAGAUCAACACCAUCAUCGAGAACCUUCGCGACCACGACCGCGUGUACGCCGGCUUCGUCUUGUCCGGAAUCGGGGUCAGCGCCACGGCCAACGUAAAACUCGUGCCGCAAGGUGGCGACCCUGUUGACGUGGGGUCUUUCUACAUCCUGGGCGGCGACGGCGAGAUGCCUUGGGCCUACGAACGCGUGUACAAGUAUGACGUCACUGAUGCCUUGGAGAAGCUGGGCCUUAACGCCUACUCCAACUUCGGCUUCCAGGUGACGCUGACCAAGUAUAACGGCGAGCAGCUGGACGCCAGCCUGGCCACCCCUGUUGUCAUUUCUCGCCCCGCCAAUGCCGACUACGACGUCCUGAUUCUGCCACUGCUCGAGGAAAACAAGCUGCCUCCCAAGGUGAUCGUUAGCCGUGGCACUCGCGUCCGCUUCCACUACCCGGUCUCCAGCCUCACCGCCGCCGUUAAGGAGGUAGGCAGCUACACCAGCCUGUCCCUGUGCUCCAUCCCCCCUGGCGACGCCAACUCUUACGACCCCGACGUCAACUACAGCUUGGAGCCUGGCGACUACUUUUUCGUCUCCUCCAACAAGGCUCGAUGUGAGCAGGGCACGCGUGUGCAGAUCAGCAUCGACGAUGAGUAGAUGGCCUCAGGUCAAGGGUAAUUUGCCAUGUCACUGUCAAGGAUUUGCCAAAUUGCUCCUAUGACGUCACUGUCGUUUCGCUGUCUUUCUGUUACUACUUCUGACAGUGUCUAAGUGACUGUUGUUAUUGUCACCUGCACUGUGUUUAGUCUUAUUAGAAAUGCACAUGAUAACGAAGGAAAUUAAAAGGUUCGGAAAUUA